AUGCUGCUUCACGUCCUCCUCGUCGGUCGUGCUCCCGCUGGGCCCGGGACAGGGCCGCCGAGCGGUGCGGGCGGCGCUAAGGGCAAGAAGCGCACAGUUCGCAAGGUCAAUGCUGCUGACGCUUCCGCACAUCAUGAUGCUGCUGGAAAAGACUCGAAGGAGGAGCAGGUAGCGCUUGCGGUGGUAGCGACGCCACUCGAUCAAGUGCAACAGGAUGCAGCCAAGGAGGUGCUCUGGCUCCUUGCUCGCGCUUUCGACUCGGUCGUUGGCGAUGAAAAAGGGAGGGAGACUAUUAGGAAGGGUGUCCUUGUCGACUUGAGACGAUGCAUGCGUGCUUGCCAUACCCACAUCCCUUUCCUACUUGACCUUCUCAUGGCCCCGACUGCGUCUUCUGGCGUCUCUGCGACGGCAUCAGCGCAGCUCGCGCUGCCGCUCAUCGGCCUGAUCCUCGACGUAUGCCUGCGCCUGCGCGUCGGGUCCGAGCAGGCGAAAGGUGCGCCAGACGGCGUUGGCCGCUCGUACGUCCGCGCGUGCAAGCCACGCGUGCUGCAGUGCUACAUUGCCCACGUCGUCGCGUCUAAGGCUGCUGUGCCGCGCCAUGUCGCCGAGCAUGCGCUGCAUGAUUUUUUCCGUGUCGUCAUCUCCCCCGCUGAGCUCGCGGGCGACGGCAGUGUGCGCGCCACGCUCGAUAAGAUGCUUCUCCGCUCACCGGAGAUCUCGCUACCGGUCGCUUCCGCCGUCUUUGGCGCUGUGAAGGUGCGCGACGCGGAAGCAGACGCAGAAGCGGAUCGCAAGGCAUUCGGCGGGCACCUCACCAGCAUGACCUCCGGUCUCUCUUCGGCGCUGCGCUCGACGAAUGCUGCGACGCGUGACAAGGCCGUCGCGCUGCUCGACGUCCUGCUGCCCAAAGUGGACGUGCAGACCGCGCUGCCACUCUUUGUCAAGGAACUCACCGCCGCACUCAAGAGCGGCAAAGUCGCCAGCUCAGAUGCGCGCGGCGCCGUCUUUGACGUCCUGGCGCGCGUGCCCGCUUCGUCCUCGUCCCCUUCCACCUCGGCGCUCAUCAUCGACGGUGUAGGCGCUUCGCUUGACAAGGAGCAGCAGGAGACCGCUUUCAAGAGUGGCGUCGUCGCGCUUUGCACGCACACCGCCGCGGCCUUCCUCGAUGCCGACCAGUUUGACCCGGUCAAGCACGUCCCCGCCCUACUCGCCAAGAUGCUGGCGCACGCCAAAGCGCCGUUGCGCAAUGCUGCGUACGAUGCGUUCGGCUCUUUGGUCCUCCGCACGCGCGCAGCACCGAGCGGCGCGUGGAAGGCAUUCGUUGAGGCGCUUCUGCCGACAUUUGACGGCAGCCUCAAGAAUGCUUAUCAAGGCGCCAAGGCGCCCGCUGGGCCAUUGGAGGGCUACGUCGUCAUUGCCAUGCUCAAGGGCAAGGCGCGCAUGUGGGAUAGCGCAGCGGUUGACACUUUCGUGCAAAAGAAUGAGACGCUCGCGCAUCUUAUCACCACCGAUAUCGUCUCCACCAACUCCGCGGCCGCCGGGAAGGCCUCCUUCCUGCUCAAUGAUAAGGUUGUGCGCAAGGUCGUCUCGGAGGCGGAGCUCUUUUGGCUCUUACAUGCGUUGGGCUCGCUUUUCGCUUCCGAGGCGGACCUGCAGGCCAUCAACAAGAGCGAGGAUAUAAAGAAAGCCAUCGCUCGUGUGCUCUUGCACUGUGCAAUGAGCAAACACGUAGUGAUCAAGCGCUUCCUGCCAGACUGGGUACGUGAGCUCUGCGCCCAUACUGACUCGUUCCAGCUCGGCGCCAGCAUCCUACAUGCAGCCGGCGUCGAGUCGCUUCGGCUCGACCAGCAAGCCUCCCAAACUGCUGCAUCGGUCCACAGCGGUGGUGCAGCUGCGUCUGCAGAUGGGGGUGAAGAUCCGGCGGAAAGUUGCAAGAAGCCGGCGCUGGCCUCGGUGUCUGCACGCAUUAAGCCUCUUCUCAAAACGCUUUGUGAGCUUCCAGAUGUGCGGAAGAUACCCGCCGACGCCCGCGCGGAGGCACUCGUCAAGUUGUUCGUCCUCACGCACCACCCCAGGCUCGGCUCACGUGCCGACUUGCAGUCCAUGGCAUCUCGUCUCCAGUUGAAUCUGACGGAACUCAUCGAAAAGCACUUUGUGCGUCUUUUCACCGACGUCCACGCUGCCAUGCAGACCGAUCUGCUCACUAAUGCAGCCUAUGCGACUAUCUCCACGCUUGUGGCUCUUGCCCCAGAAGUCGCUUUGGCUGAGAUCGUCAGCGACCUCGAACGGCAGUUGGACGUCACACAAUUCGCCUGCAUUUCGGCGCAGGACCUGCACAUCUGGCGCACGCCUCCCGGCGAGCUCUUUGUUGAUGUAUUGGCGCAGAAAAAUCAUGCCAACGGCGGUGCUGGUGCUGCCGGCACGGGCAGCGGUGCCAACAGCCGCGACAGCAAGGUGGACAAGUGGGAGGCCGAGCUGCGUCAAUCCUUGGAGCAGAAGAAGAAAGCGGCGAAGAGGUUCUCAAAAGAGGAACAAGCGCUCAUAGACACGCAAUUGACCAAGGAGAGCGAGACGCGCAACAAGGUAGAAAACGUGCGUUCUAUCUUGCUUCGUAGCCUGCACACGUUGCAGGCUCUCAUGGACGGUAGGACAGAAGAGACCGAGUCCUACAUUCUCGGACUCGUCAAACAAAGCAUCGCUUUGGCUCGUCUACCGCAAGUGCAUCAGCUCGCCCCGCUGCUGCCUUUCGAGAUGCUCAGCGCAAUCAACACUGUCGUCUCCACACGGUUAGGGCCCAUUGCGAGCGUGUUGCCCGCAGCGCUGUUGCGCUCGGUCGACGAAAACAUCGUCCCGGAGUCAUUCCGAAUCGAAGCAUACAGCGACGUCAUCCUUCGCAUUCUCUACCGCCUUCGCUUCGUUAGCGAGCAAGCAGCUCUUGGUCUUGGCACCGUGUCCGUCCUGGCGCCUCUCAUCACCAACAUCAUCCAUGCGGGUGGUCUCGGUGUUGACACAGACGACUGCGAUGCGGUCAUGGAGCAGGUCCAACUUUCGCUCGAUUUCAUUGUGUUCCAUACUGAACCUUGCGAGGAUGCUCGCUACCCACGUUCCGACUUUGUCGACGCGUUGCUGCAUAUUGUUGCCAAGCAUACCCAGCUGGCGCAGGAUGCCGUUUCGGCAUUGCGCUCUAUGGGUGAAGCGAUGCGGAUGUCCGCUCUACCAUUCGAGAUCGAGAAGCUGCUGCACCACUGUCUUGCUGAUGAGGUGUACGUCCGCACGGGAUGUUUGCAGGCUCUGCAAUCACUUGACCUACUCGAUCUUGGCUUCCCGCGCGAGUUGUGGGUUGCGUGUCAUGACUCGGACGAGGAGAAUCGUCGCCUGGCCCUUCGAGCUUGGAGCGAAAACGAGCUUGAGCUCCCCGAGCACUAUCACAUGCAUCUCAUCACACUCCUCGAGCACUUCAAUGACUUUCCCCGGAUCGCCACGCCCAGCGCCAUUGCUGGAGCCGCCGACAUCCACCCUGAGUCCGUCUCGGCGCUCAUCACCAGUCUCAUGGCGCUAUACGAAGAGCGCAACAAAUUGCUGCUUCCGGAGUACGACCAAUUUGGUAUGGUCGUUGAGGGAACUCAGAACAGAGAGGACCCGUGGAAAAUCAGGGUGGCUAUUGCAGCGACCUUUGUCGAGCUAGCACAAUAUUUUUCUUCGGCCGACAUUCUUCCCUUCUUCCAAUUUCUGAUCGAGAAAGAGGCUCUGGGCGAUCGUAGUGAGCCGGCGCGAUUGCGCAUUCUAGACGCCGCCACCGCUGUCAUUGAUGAUCACGGCAAGGACCAACUUGAUGUCCUCAUCAAGACGCUUGAAAAUUUCUUCGAGAAGAACAGCAGGAGCAGCGAUGGCGUGACUGAAGCAGUUGUUAUCCUCUUAGGCAGGCUGGCCCGUCAUUUGGCGCCUGAGGAUCCACGAUUGGCUAUCGCCAUUAAGCGCUUGCUUGAAGCUCUGCACACCCCGUCGGAACUCGUGCAAUCAGCCGUCUCGGACUGUCUGCCGCCACUCAUUCGGGCGAUACCCGAGAGUACUCCUCAGCUUGUGGAUCGCUUGAUGGACGACCUUGUGGCAGGUAGCAAAUACGCCCACCGCCGUGGUGCCGCAUAUGGUCUGGCGGGCGCAAUCAAGGGCAGAGGCAUCGCAAGUAUCUCCGAGUUCAAGAUCAUGGAGAGGCUGGAGGACGCUGCGCGAGACAAGGACCAGGUGACCGCUCGCCAGGGUGCCAUGUUCGCUUACGAGACAUUGACCGCAUCGCUCAAAAUCUUAUUCGAGCCGUACAUCUUGAGCAUUUUGCCUCAUCUCUUGGUCUGCUUUGGCGAUCCAAAAGAAGACGUUCGAGAGGCCACUCAAGAUGCAGCUAGAGUGAUCAUGCAAAGCAUUUCGGGCCAUUGUGUUAAGCUGAUUCUCCCGACGCUUCUCGCUGGGCUCGACGACAAGCAAUGGCGUUCGAAGAAGGGUGCAAUUGAGUUGCUGGGUGCCAUGGCGUACUGUGCCCCACGCCAGCUAUCCGUGUCCCUGCCGACAGUUAUCCCUCCUCUGAGCGGUGUCUUGUCGGACUCGCAUAACCAAGUCAAGACUGCUGCAAACAAGAGCUUGAAACAAUUCGGAGAGGUCAUCGACAACCCGGAAAUCAAGAAACUCACUCCGAAGCUGCUGCAAGCACUCAUCAACCCCAACGACAACAUCCCGAAGGCUCUCAAUGCGCUUCUGAACACAAGCUUCGUACACUACAUCGACUCCGCCUCGUUGGCCCUAGUCAUGCCUAUCAUCGAGAGGGGCCUGAAGGAACGAGGCGCCUCGCUGCAGCGGGAUGCCGCUAGAAUCGUCGGCAACCUAGCAGGUCUCACAGAUUCUCGUGACUUCACCCCUUACCUGCGCUCAUUGGUGCCUUUGGUGCGGGUUGUUUUGGUUUCACCUGUUCCAGACGCCCGAGCAGUGGCUGCAAAAGCCCUUGGAACCCUGGUCGAGCGGCUAGGAGAGGUGCACUUUGUCGAUCUGAUCCCUUCACUUCUGCAAGUGCUUCGAUCAGAUGCGACUGGUGUCGACCGUCAAGGCUCGGCACAAGGCCUUGCCGAGAUCCUUGCCGGACUCGGCACGGAACGGAUGGAGGGCCUCCUUCCUGAAAUUAUCAACAGUGCCACAAACGCCAAAGCCUACGUAAGGGCCGGUUAUAUCUCGCUGCUCAUCUAUCUGCCUGCGACAUUUGGACAUCGAUUUGCUCCACAUCUAGGGCGUAUCAUUCCUCCUAUCUUGGGAGGCAUCGCUGAUCAAACGGAAAGCGUUCGAGAUGCAUCCAUGCGUGCUGGCCGAAUGAUCAUUGCCAACUACUCCACGAAGGCCGUCGACUUGCUCUUGCCAGAGCUAGAGCGGGGUCUCUUCGACGAGGCGUGGCGCAUCCGCAUGUCAUCCAUUCAGCUCGUUGCCGAUCUUCUUUUCCGAAUUUCUGGCAUCUCAGGCAAGAAUGAAAUGGCAGAAGAGGAAGGCGACGAGGGCGAAAAUGAAGACGAGGAUGCGCCUCUUCCUACUAGCUCUGUGCAAAAGGCGCUCGGCGAAGCUCUGGGCGACGAAAGGAGAGACCGAGUGCUUUCGGCGAUCUACAUCAUCCGCCAAGAUCCUAACAUCCCUGUCCGACAAGCUGCCAUCCACACAUGGAAAGCUCUCGUCCUCAAUACUCCGCGUACCGCCAGAGAGGUCCUGCCCACGAUGCUGGACAUUCUCAUUCACCUUCUCUCGGCUCCAGGCGCAGAGCAACGUGAGCUAGCUGGCCGAACACUUGGCGAACUUGUUCGUAAGCUAGGAGAAAGGAUUCUGCGCGACACGAUGCCGAUUCUACGCAACCGUGGGGUCACGGGCGAAGAUGCACGCACGCGAUCAGGCGUCUGCUUGGCUGUUACUGAGAUUCUUCAAAGCGCUACGAAAGCCCAAUUGGAGGAUCACGAAGACUCGAUCAUCGCUCUCAUCCGACACGCACUUGUGGACGAGUCAGCCGUGGUGCGGCGCGCAGCCGCGCAAGCAUUCGAUGCGUCGCAGGAAUACAUUGGGACGAAAGCAAUUGAUGAUACGAUCCCAACUUUGCUCGAGGCAAUGUCGGAUCCCGACAACCCAGGAUCAGAGACGGCGUUGGCGGCCUUGCGCGAAGUUAUGAGAGCACGUGCCGAUGUCGUUUUCCCCGUCCUCGUGCCGACACUCACUGUGCAACCAAUCAGCGCAUUCAAUGCUCGUGCUUUGGCAGGACUUGUGGCCGUCGCAGGCCGUGCAUUGAACCAGGUGCUCCAGACCAUCUUGACUUCUUUGGCGAUCGCUCUUGAACAGAGGCCGGACGAUGAAACCCGUCAAGAGUUGGAGCAAGCCGUCAGUGCGAAUCUCACUUCGGUUACUGAUCCGGAAGGUCUCCACCUCUUGAUGAUGCUGUUGCUCGGCUGGGCCGGAAACAACACGUCAGCACAGCGAAGAGCAUUGGGUUGCCGAUUCUUCGAAAUCUUCACCAACGUCAAGAAGUCCAGCAUUGAACUUUCGGACUAUCUUGUCGAUUGGAUACGGCGGCUGGUCGCUCUCAUGGAAGACCCUGUGGACGAGGUCAUCGAUGCAGCACGUGCUGCUGUGGAAGCACUCUUCAAAUCGAUUUCUAAGGAAGAUCUCGAGAGCUACGUCACCCCCCUACGCCAUGCAGUGGAGGGAGUUGGGGCUCUGGGACAGGAGAUCGCUGGCUUCUGUCGACCAAAAGGCAUCGGAGCUUUCGUCCCCGUCUUCCUAGCCGGGCUAUUGAAUGGUACUGCCGAGCAGCGCGAGCAGGGCGCCUAUGGCCUGGCAGACCUUGUGGAUCGCACCUCGGCUGAAGCGGUAAAGCCUUUCGUCGUUCAAAUGGUCGGCCCUCUCAUCCGUGCCUGCGGUGACAGGCAUGCACCAGCCAUCAAGAUUGCGAUUUUCACCGCCCUAAACACGAUGCUCCAGAGGGUUCCUCAACAUUGCCGCCCAUUCUAUCCGCAAUUGCAGCGCAGCUUCCAAAAGGGCGUUGUCGAUCCGAUCAGCAGUAACGUCCGUCUCCAUGCCGGAAAUGGCCUCGGAACAUUGAUGGAGCAUCAGCCCAGAGUCGAGCCGGUCAUUGUCGAACUGCUUCAAAACAUCAACGCUGGUAUCAACCCCGGAGGAGCUGCUGUCAGACCAGAUGCUUCUGCCAGUACAUCUGCCAAUGUGGAGUCAAACGCAAUUGCCGAGUCUGCGGCACUUGCCCUCGUGAAAGUCUUUGAUCAGGCUCCUGGCAAGAAUGUCACUACCAAGAGCCUAGAGCAGGCAUUAGAGGUGGUGCAAGAAGCAUUCGGCCACGCGAAGGACUCUUUGAAGCCGACGGUGGCAGAUGUCUUUGCCGCUGUUUGCGUGCGCGACUCUGCCCUUGUGAAGCCGAUCUUAGAAACGCAGGUACUGGCUCCAAAUCCUGUCGAUCCUCAGCUCGCUAGCCACUGCGUAAGGGCCCUGUUGGAGCGCGCUCCGGCAGAAUUCCACGCAAUGGAGAUGCACAGAGCAGUGCUCAAGGCCGUGUUGACAUGGAUCGGCGAGGCUCCCGCAGUCGCACGACCGGCGCGAGAGAGCAGGGAUAUGAUGCGACAAAAGGAACCGUGGCGAAGUGAUUCAUUUGUGCAAGAGCAUUUGUAA